UUUUCCAAUGCGCUCGGUCACUUGUUUAAGAGUGUUAACGUUUGGAAAAGUUAUCCAAGUCUUACUUUCACCUGUUAGAGGAGAAAGGAUGAGCUCUUCCUUGCUAGCUGUUAGCUGGUUUUGGUACGGGAAGUUAGUGGUGCCGAAAAGGAUGGUGUCGUUUUUUCGGUUCCCAAAAGACGUCCUCGUAAACAAAAAUCGCACAUAUUAAUGAUAGUAACUCUCAGUAAAUUUAAAAGCGAUGCUAAUUAAACCGGUUAUGUUUUAAAACCAUGACGGAGCAGCAGCCAAGUGUAUCACACGCUGUGGGCAGCAGACAUGCUCCAUCUGUCCGUCCUGCUCAUCCUCCUCUUCCUGCAUCCGCCCAUUCAUCCAUCCCAGCAGCUUCAGAUGCACUGACAUGCCGCGUGGUGCUUCGCUUCAGAGCCUCACACGAGGAUGAAAAUGCUCCGCUUCCGCAGCCCCAGCAUCCGCUCCCUGGAGAACCACCAGGAGAUCCCGUGCACCAUCCGCCUGCUGGACGACUCGGAGAUCUCCUGCAACAUCCAGAGAGACACCAAAGGCCAGUUCCUGUUCGACCAUGUGUGUAAUCACUACAACCUCCUCGAGAAGGAUUACUUUGGUAUUCGCUAUGUGGAUCCAGAGAAACAGAGGCAUUGGCUGGAGCCGAGUAAAGCUGUGAUUCGACAGAUGAAAUCUCUGCAGCCCUUCACUAUGUGCUUCAGAGUCAAAUUCUACCCACACGAGCCAAUGAAGAUCAAAGAGGAGCUCACAAGGUACCUGCUCUACCUCCAGCUGAAAAGAGACGUCUACCACGGCCGUCUCCUAUGUCCCUUUGCAGAAGCUGCCUAUCUGGGCGCGUGCAUUGUGCAGGCCGAGUUGGGGGACUAUGACCCGGAGGAGCAUCCGUCCGACUACAUCCGAGACUUCAGGCUGUUCCCUAAACAGUCGCUUAAACUGGAAAGGAAAAUCAUGGACAUACACAAGACUGAGCUCAGGGGUCAAUGUGCCGCCUUAGCGGAACUCAACAUGCUCCAAAGGGCUCACAACCUUGAAACGUACGGAGUUGACCCUCACCCAUGCAAGGACUUCACUGGUUCCACAGCAUUCCUCGGGUUUACAGCGACCGGUUUUGUGGUCUUCCAGGGAAACAAGAGGAUCCAUCUUCUCAAAUGGGCCGACGUCAGUAAGCUCAAGUUUGAAGGGAAAACAUUUUACGUCAUCGGCAUUCAAAAAGAGAUCUCCUUAACAGGCAGGAUACACUGUAACAGGAUGAAGAAACUGGUGUUGACGUUUCACACCUCGACCCCUGCAGCUUGUAAGCACUUGUGGAAGUGUGGGGUCGAAAAUCAGGCUUUUUACAAAUGUGCAAAAUCAAGUCAAAUAAAGACCAUGUCCAGUAGCAACAUUUUCUUCAAGGGCAGCAGAUUCAGAUACAGCGGAAGAGUAGCCAAGGAGGUGAUAGAAGCAAGCUCAAAAAUCCAGAGAGAUCCACCUGAGGUGUGCAGGGUGCAGUUUGGCCAAAGUCGAAGCUUUAGCUCAUUGAGUCAUAAAAACCUCAUCAUGAACAUGGAACCUCUGGUACCAGCCCUGCCCUCGACCACCGAGUACGACGAGACAGCCGCGGAAAACGGCUUCGUUGCUGUGAAGGACUCGGCAGCGUUGUCUCCCGUCAAAUCUUCGGCCGCUCCCGCAGACCAUCAACCAAGUAUAGAUGGAGUGAACUGUGCAUCAGACCUGCCUCCUCCCCACCAUGCCACGGAGACUUCAAGUAUCCCAUCUCAGACGCCCAAAGCGGGAAGCGAAAUGGAUGAGGACGAGGAGGCCCACGGAGAGCGAACCAUAUCUGAGCUUGUCUACAGCCCUUGCGCCAGCAUGCUUCCCACCCCGGUGGACGACAGCCAAGGAGGCGUGGACCUGCUCUUCUCGUCACCCGUCCAGAGUCCCGCCAGGCUUCUGAGGGAGCUCCACGCCGAUCCCGACAUCCAGGCCCAGCUGGAGGCCGAAAGGGAGCGCGACCGAGCCUUCGAACGUGUCCGUCUCGCAGCGAGAGGGGGCAGCACGGGCGUCCUGAGCUUUCUGUCAUCCAACGCCCGACUAAACGCGUGCGUGUUGAGCAUGGCCCGACUGAUUGCCGCGCUCACCGGCGUCCUGAUGGUCACCGUGCCCACGCUGCUGCUGCUGCUGGAGUCCGACCUGGAUGUGUCCUUCCUGCACGAAAUCCGCCAGACGCCGGAGUUCGAGCAGUUCCACUUCGAGUACUACUGCCCACUUCGCCGCUGGAUCGUGUGCAAGAUCAGCAUGGCCAUGGAGAACCUGUGGUCAGACUGAACAUUGGAUGGCAAAGCUCUCGGACCAUGAGGCUAAAAGAGGGAAGGCAUCACUUCAGGGAAAAAAAAAUAACUGAUGCCCAAAAGUCAUUAUUAUAUGGAUCUUCAGACAUGACAUGGAGGGAGAAAAAUACUAGUUUGUGGUCACAAAUGAUUGAAAAUCCCCCCCAAAAACAAAUUUGGGAGUUCAAUAUAUUUCCCAUGAAUAACUUUGUAUACCUGGGUAAGAAAACUGGCCAAAAAUGUGUCUCAUGCUGAUUUGACAAGUGCAAAAAAGUUAUUGUGGCCACAAUCAACUUGUAACAUACAAAUAAAUUGCUAUUUUGUGGCCAGCAUUUAAAUAUAACGUGCGCACAUUAUAUUAAUUUAUAUAAGAUGCACAAAAUAUUAACUUGUGGUUGCAAAUUAUGUAGAACAGCUUUGUGAGUCAUAAAUUUGACACUUGGGAAAGAGAAUAGGCCCAAAAGUCUGUAUAAUACAGGGUCCCAGAUGUGUGAUGUGAAAUAUUAAAUCGUGGCCACAAAUUAAGUGUAACGUGCACACAAAAUAUUAAUUUGUUGUCAAAAAUUAGUCAACACGGCAGCACAAAAUACUCAUGCGAGUGUAAUCUCAUUCCCAUAAACGAGUUGACUAGAAGAGACUUCCACUUCUACCCAGACUUGUACAUGUGCCAGUGUUUUGGAUAAAAAAAAAAAAUCUAACUGUUAGAUACAGUAAAAAAAACGUAAUGGAUUUACAAAUAGGGUUUUUUAUUUCCUUCACAGGAUCACAUUUUUAGAGCUGGGAGAGAGAUGCCACAGGAGAGUCCUCGCUCACCCUUAAAUUUGUUGGCCAAACAACCGGUUCAGGAGUGAAGUGUUGGUUUUACAUCUUUCAAAACUCACUCAAAGGGAAUGGAUGGGGACCCUUUCAUAUCAUAUUCCCUGGAGGAUUGACACAUUUCUUUGUCAAGGCUAUUUAAAAUGAAUGAGCUGUCAAAAUCGUCUGGACUGCUUGUUACCAUCGAGGGGCGCUAAUGGCUAGCAGGCUAACGCGCUAAUUCCCACAAAUCAUUCAUGAGGCCAAAAGACCAGACAAGACAAACAAAUAUAGCCUAUAAUUUUUUUAAAUGACAUAUUUGGUAGUGGAGUAAUCCAGAAGUAAUAAAUGGUAAUCAAAUUACAUUACUUUUAAUAUUAUGGAAGGCCAACUUGAAUGACAUUUCUAACACGGUCACAUUACAUUUUCUAACUAGUAACUGUAUCGGAAUACAUUUUUAAAGUAACAUCCCUUUCUACCUUAGUUUCUAUAGGUGUGCUACAUUUGCUUGCCAAACUGUUCAAUCAAUGUAUUAACACUUUCAUGCACCAAUAAUGAAAACCUGUAGCCCAAUAUGAUAAGCUGUCCGCUGUAGUAACCGCUGUCCCUGAAAGGGUUCGUUCCAUAAAUUUGUGUUUUGUUUGCAAAUUAUGCAUACUUUGUGGCCCAAAAUUUGCAUUUUUGUCCUAUAUGGAAUUAGUAUUUUUGUACGUUAUACUUAAUUUUUGGCCCCAAACUGGCCUUUUGUGUGUGCACGUUAAUUCCCCACCUACCUUCUGUCAUGUCUGGGUCUCCGUUGUCUUAACAUGUCGGUCAAUAUUAUACCCAGUCUUAACUCCCGUUGCAUCAGUGAGUCUUGACCAGCAGAACAUCACAAGAUGCGAUCACUUGUUAAGAUUGACAUUUGUGUCCAAGGAAAGAGGACAAAAAGUGCUGGCAAAAAGAAGAGAAGCGGCGCAAAAAAGGAAGAUGAAAUUGAAGAUACUGAUGAGCGGAUGCAAAGACCUUUGCCUUGACUUUAGUUGUUUUAUAAAUCUUGUUUGAUGAGCUCUCCAAUUAGUCCCCUGGCAUGUUGAUCAGAGAGUGGACGGCGGUUGCGCUAAAACUUACCACACUCUUCUAACUCGAUGUAGUAAACAAACAAACAAACAGAAAAGACACGUUGGUACACAAGUUGUUUUUAAGCUUUUGUACAUUUUUAUGUGAUGCGGAUCUUUCAGGAAUUUUUAAGUCCGAGGAUCUACUUUGAUCUUAUUUUGGAGAAAAUGUCAACGUUUACAAGUGAAGAAAAGGGGGGAAAAAAACAAGCAAAUUUACCCAUGGGGUACAGGGGGCAUAUUUUUUACUCCUUGACUCCUUCGGCACAAAUCGACAUUGAGUUUCUCUGUCAGACCACGUGAUGUCAUUUCGGUAACAAGAGAGGGUUUGCUUUGCUUGUGCUGAUAACAGCAGGCCAUGUCUUCAUGUUACACGCGUGGAGUUUUGGGAUGCAGGUGAAAACCAUGGAACAGUGGGAUGUUGGAUUUUUCCUGACCGAAGAGUUGGGACAAAGAGGGAAGAGAUGGAUGGAUGGGGUUAUUUAAGAUCUGUGUCAUGUCAGUCUUGUACGUUUCCUGUGAUGUGUGUGUCGUAGAUGACGUUUUUGCCCGUAGCUCUUUUCCACAACACUGUGUCAAAACUCUACUGAGCAUCCCGUCUCACAAAAUGAUCAUUUUCAAAUUCUCUCUAUCCGAGCAAAAUCAAAACCAAAAACGUGGCACUGUCGGAAGUUUCCAUUCAGGCUGUCCAGUUAGCUAUUGGGAUCAACUUCUCAGGAAAUGAUAUAAGCAGCUCCUGUUGAUUGCGUCUACUAGGCACGCUUGCACUGGGCCAAUUUUCCUUUGUUACCAAGCUCAACCAUCGUUAUUCCCUCCCUGGCCUUCACUCAUCCAAACUACAUAACUACAAUUUGUUUGCCUUUGUGGCUCCUUUCUUGUGAUUAGCAUUAAGGAGUGUCGGGGACACACCGACAAGAAAAGCAAAUUACAUUACAAGAAAUGCAACGCUAAGAAAAAUAUACGGGAGUAUAAAGUUUCAGAGAAAAAUGAAAAUACAUUUUUGAUGGGGAAAAACGUCUUUCAGUCUUUCGUGGAAAAAUGAAUAUGUCUAAGGCAUACUAAGAGUGUUUUUAUUACACACUGACAAUUUGGUGACAGGAAGUGGACUAGACGAAACCAGGUCUAAAGUUGUGGCACAGGUGGUAUAAUGUGAAUUUGGUGGAUUUAUUCCGCAAGUGGAGAUCUUGCCGUUCCUCAUCAACAUACUUUGCCCAUGCUCAUCUCUUGCACGGACGGCAAAUCUCGAAUGAUUAUGCAAUGCGACCGUGUAUCCCACAUGCGCUGAAUUGAAAGGGAAUGAGGGGAUCCGCUUGGGUUGGCCGGGAAUCAAGUCAGCUGUAUUUAGCCCCACAACAACACAAACGCCGAUUUCUAACUGUGCCCGUCUGUGGAAAUGUCAACACAACAAACACUCCAGCCAUACACACAUUUAUGGAGUUGCACUGGGUACGAAAAUAGAUACCAUUCAGAGAACAAACAUUUUGGGGGAUGUAAGAAAAAUAUAAUGUGAAAGAAUUUUAAGGUUCAUCAAAAAUCUUCAAAACAGAAUAAAAGUGUUUUCAGAGAUGACGAAGCAAAUAUUGAGGGAAUAAUAAAUUGUUUGGAGCAGUUUUAACAUUGCAAGGACAAAGGGAUGGGAUAUAAAAAAAAAUAUUUUUCAGAGCUAAUUCUAUGACUUUUUUUUUCUCCAUAUCACGGCUAAGUCCACCUUUUCCAAACCGUGUCGGGUAAGUGCGUAUACCCUUCUUGAGCACAAUACGGGUCAAUCAAACUAAUUAAACAAUUUAUAAUGGUAGGUGAGGUAUGGAUUGCCUGGCAUGAGUGUGCUCUUGUUGUAUAUCUGCGCUUUCUCCAUACAUACUGCAAUACAGUACUGUGCAAAAGAAAACGGUUCGAUUUAUGCCUGUAUGUGCUCUUUUAUCCAUGUCCUAACCAAAACGUUUCGCCCAUUGAAAUGCCUUGCAAAUC